AUGCGGACAGUGCCAAACAUUAUUGUCACAGGCACACCCGGUGUUGGGAAAACAGUACACUGCGAACAGCUAGCCCAGGAUUCAGGCUUGCGCCAUCUAUCGAUAAACCAGGUUGCGAAAGACCGAGGCUGCUAUGAGACUUAUGACGAAGAAUUAAAAACCUGGAUAGUGGAUGAGGACAAACUUCUAGAUGCGAUUGAAGACGAGUUACUCCAAGGUGGCUAUUUAAUAGACUGGCAUGCCUGUGACCUAUUCCCUAAAUCUUGGAUCGACCUUAUCGUGGUCUUGCGCUGCCCGUCGACAUCCACCCUAUAUGAUCGCCUCAGUUCAAGGGGAUACCAUGAAACAAAACUACAAGAAAACCUAGAUGCCGAGAUCUUCGGUGUCCUUAUCGAAGAGGCGCGCGAGGCCUUUGACGAGGAAAUUGUGGUUGAACUAAAUAGCGAAGAGGACGGCGAUGUAGAGGGCAAUUGCGCUAGGAUCUGCUCCUGGAUAGACAACUGGAAAAGUGACCAAGCGAAGAAUACAGAUUGA